CCGCCAGGGGGCGCUCGGCCGGGCGCCGACCCCAGAGCCGCGGGGCUGCGGGGCUGCGGGGCUGCUGGGAGGCGGAGCCCAGGCCGGCAAGAUGGCGCCGUCCGCGUUGUUGCGCCCCUUCUCCAGGCUGCUGGCCCCGGCCAGACUCCCGAGCGGCUCUUCAGCGCGGUCAAAAUUCUACAUUCGGGCGCCGCCACAUGACAAACCUGACUGGCUGAAAGUUGGACUGACCUUGGGCACCUCCGUCUUCUUGUGGAUCUAUCUCAUCAAACAACAUAAUGAAGAUGUUUUAGAGUAUAAAAGAAGAAAUGGGUUGGAAUAAGCUUUUGAAAUACUAAUAUAGUAUGCUCCAUAUAGUGAUUAUAGCACUUCCUCUCAAUUCACCAGCCUGUUGAGUUGUAAACGUGAGAGAAAAAGUUAUAUGUGAAUAUAUGUCAAGUCAGCUUUGUGUUUUGCAUCAUUAAAUGAAAAAAUAAAAAUAUUUCUGUAUUCUUCA